AUUGUUUAGUAUAAACACAACACAACUGUUGAUGAUUAUAAUGAUUGCUAUAAAUUUAAUUACAUGUCAUAUAUUGUGUUUUAAUUAUUUAGUCUAACUUUCGGCUUAUUAUUUUGUGACCACUUGUUUUCUGAGUCCACUUUACCGACAAAUUCCGAGGAUACACAAACAUCAAUUGGUGAUUACUUUUUUCUUUCGGGAAUUAUUGACCGACGAUGAUCAGAACCGGUAAUAGUUUAUCUAUGGCUACACCAAUUAUGUCCACCAACGACGACACGACAUUUAGCCGAUUAAUGGCCAUACAUGUGCCGCACUCGCAACAGUUGACGCACCGCAAAAGUGACUACAAGAUUGAAGUGGAAACCGAUCGGCGUGUGGCCCGCGAACAGGUGACAGUCCGGUUGGCCGAUCCUAACGAUCCAUUUUUUCUGUAUAUGAUAGCCAUCGAUGAACAACUAUUCAUUAAGAUCAAAUCGACUGAAAAUCUAUUAAUAGACUUUGCGAUGUUUCCAAAGACUUUGAUCAACUUAUUUGAGACCUGUUUUGAUGAACAAAACAAAGAUAAUCCACGGUUUAUGUUAACAAUAAAUCAAAUGAACAAAGACUUUGUCAUUUUGGACAUAAUCGAGAAGAAUGUAUUCAAGAAUUUGGUUCAUCUGUCACUGCGAAUAUCGGCAGCGAAUCAAGAGUUUAUAAAAACCAGUUUCACAAACAGUUAUCGAAAUCUGAAGCACGAGAAUCAGCGUCUCGAAAGUAGUCUUCAGUCUAUUGAACUCAAACUUAACGAUUUGAAUUUGUCAAAGACUAGAGAUCUGGAACUAAUAGACAGGGAGUACAAGAGUCAGAUGACAGAGUUGGAGCUGAAAUACAAGAAAGAGAUUGAGAUACAGAGAGAUCAAAUCAACGAAUUGACAGAAAAGGAUAUCCACAAUCGGGAACUGAUGGAUGAGUUGCGUAAUGAGUUGGCCGCCAAUAUGGAGGCCAUGCGUCGAGACCAACAGCGAGACGCUGAAAAAGAUAUGCAAAUGAUUGACGAUAUGAAUCAAAAGGUGAGAUCACUUGAACAACAAGUGUCACAAUUGAGAGAUGCUUUGGACACUGAACGACACGAUACUCAACGAUACAAACAAAUGAUGGAUGAAAAACAAGAAUUGUUUGACGAAAUGAAUGCUAACAACAACUCAUUAACAUUGGAUCUGUCGAAAGCCAAUGAAAUAAUCAGAAAAUUGCAAACAGAGUUACAGACAACACACCAGAAGCUGCAACUCUUGAAUAAAGUGACAUCAAAACAAGAGGAAGUUGUCGAUCACCAUCAGACUGCCGUCCAAAAGAUAGAGUCAGAGCUGAAACAAUGUUCGCAACAAUUGAAGAUCAAAGAUAAAGAACAUCAAACACUGCGUAAAGAUUUUGAGGCACUGAAGAGUAAAUGUAUUGAAACCGAAAACCAAUUGAAUGCUAACGAAAAUAUUGUAACGUAUUUGAACAAACAGUUGAGUGAAUUACAAUCCAAACAUGGGAUCAAAACAAUAGACUUAGCAAAAGGCAAUCAAACUAAUCCUAAAAUUAUAGCUCAAAGAAAUACUAUAUUUUCAAGUAAAACAUCGAAAAGCGAUAAACUUUUUCGACAUUAA